GCCUGUGCCUUUUAGUUUCCCAAGCAGCUAGUCUGUAUUCCCAAAGGAAAAAAAAACAACUCUCUUCACAAUGGCGGAAAUACAUCGCAUCGUCCCUUAUCCGUCGCCGGAGCCCAGCGAGAUGGACAUGUCUCCCAUCGCAAAGCCGGACUGUAACGAUGGGGGAAACACCUCGACCACAGUCAUGCUGCCCGAUCUGUUCGUGUCCAUCAUGUCGCCCUCUCCUCGGCUCAACCCCGUCUAUGAGUUGGUGAGGCCCGCUGCCAACGAGUGGACACAAAAACUCCUUAAUCUAGACGCAAAAGCCUAUGCCAAGCAUCAAAGAGUCAACUUCAGCAGACUAGCGUCCAUGUGGAUGCCAGAAGCUGACGAGGAGGGUCUCCGCGUGAUGGUGGACUGGCUGACUUGGGUGUUUUAUUUCGAUGACUCCCGACAAGUGUUUGACGAUGGCGAACUGCGCGAUAACCCUGCCGCCGCUCAAGCCGAGGCGGAAGCAACAUUAAGCUUAAUGUCUGAUAGCGACCAACAGGUAUCGCCUGAGCUACAUCCACUACGGUACAUGUUCCACAGCACCUGGAUACGGUUCCGCAACAGAUCUUCCAAAGCUCUCCAAAAUCGGUACAAAAAGUGCAUGGAGGAGUACAUCAACGGCAUCCUGCAGCAGGUCGACGUCAGCUCCUUUGAUGCCUCCCUCGACGCCGACUUGUACCUCCACUUUCGACGCAAGUCCGUCGGGUUGCGCCCCUGCCAUGCUCUUCUCGAAUACGCAUGCGGAAUACAAAUACCAGACCAUGUAAUGGCACACCCUGCCAUCCAAGAAUGCAUGGCCGUGUCGAUCGAUCUCGUCUUGCUGCAAAACGACAUCUUGUCCUACAAGAAAGAGCAAGCCUCCAACGUCAUCCACAACCUCAUCCACAUCUACAGGAACCAGGGCAUGACGGCCCAGGAAGCGUUUGACCAGGCCGGAAACCUGAUCGUGAGGGCCAUCAGGAGGUGGCACCUGGCCCAGCUCGACCUGCCGAUCUGGGGCGAGAAGAUCGACAAGGAGGUGCAGCGCUACCUGCAAGGGUGCUUGGACUCUUGCGUCGGGAGUCUCAACUGGAGCCCACAUCUCUACUUUCUUGGUGAUCUGAACUUUGAUGAGGUUAAUGGAACAAAGCUCCUUCUGAUUGGACGAUACUAUCCGCAUUUUAGUUCUGGUCUAGGAUAA